AUGGAAGGGGUGGAAAGAGCCUCCGCCGCCGCCUCUUCUGCUGCUGCCGCGGGCGGUGAAUGGACCGGGCGAAGAGACGGGAUAGCUCAGGGUCAAACCGCCUUCAGACUCGCUUCUCAACAGCACGGAUCGCUCGCGCCAGACGAGGGUCGAUACACGGACAGGAUCUCUCCCAAUGCCUUGAAUCAGACACUGCGAUCGACGCCGCCGCAGCAAAUUCCUGCAACGUACAGGCUCUCUCCGAACGCCACGGACCAUACGCUGCGAUCGCCGCCGCAGCAACGACUGCACUUUCAGGGGAUGCAAGCGCCCGGGCAGACUCAACUCGCGGCCUUCCCUCACAGGUUAUCCCCUCCCGCUGCUGCGUCUCCCCUCGGCUCGCCGGGCUGGCAGCACCGCGGGAACGACAGCCCGUCGUCUGGUAACCAGUCCGCCGGUUAUUCGUCCGGCAAGUCAGCGGCAGGGUCUGGGAGCACGGCGUGUGGUUCGCGAUCGUCGCUGCAGCCGCGGCUGGACGAUGCGGAUCUCACGAGUGUACUUUGGGAGAGUCGGUCUAGGUGCAUUGUAUCUGGCGCUGGCGCUGGCGCUGGCGCUGGCGCUGGCGCUGGUGCUGCGAGUGCGUCGGGAGGGUUUCAGGGCGAUGGGAGUGCGCAUGGUGGUCAAGUAGGUCGAUCAGACGGCAGCGUGCUCGGCGAUCAAUUGGGGCAACGAGACGGCAGCGUGCACGGCGGUCAAUUGGGUCAACGAGACGGCAACGUGCACGGCGGUCAAUUUAAUCAAUUAGACGGCAGCAUGCACGGCGGUCAAAUCAGUCAACGAGAUGGCAGCGUGCACGGCGGUCAAAUGAGCCAACGGGACGGCAGCAUGCACGGUGGUCAACUUAGUCAACGAAACGGCAGCGUGCACGGUGGUCAAAUUAGUCAACAAGACGGCAGCCUGCACGGCGGUCAAAAUAGCCAACGAGACGGCAGCAUGCACGGCGGUCAGGUGACUCUUAGGGAGGGAAGUCUGCAUGGCGGUCAAACGAGUCAACUGGGCGGCAGCACGCAUUGGGGUCGUCAACUGAGUCAUUUAGGCGGCAGCGCGCAUGGUGGUCAGCUGUUUCAACCGGACGGCAGUGUACACGGCGGUCAAGCGAGUCAACUGGGCGGCAGCGUGCAUGGCGGUCAAGCGAGUCAACCAGGCGGCAGUGUGCACGGCGAAACCAACCCUGCACGCGGCGACCACCUAGCCCGCCUUCACGCGAGCAGCAGCGUGCACGGCGGCGGCUUUUACACCAGCGGCCUUGCCUCGGGAGGCCUCUACGGCAGCGCGCUCCAUUUCCCCAAGUCCAGUGCACACAGCGUAAGGGGCAGUGCAGGGGGCAGCGCGCAAGGCAGCGCGCAAGGCAGCGCACGGGUCAGCGCGCAGGGGAGCAAUGAAGCCAAAAGGGGCGUCCACGGUUUCGGGGGCAGUGCCCAAAGAUGCAUUCCGCCCCGCGCUAGUACUGUUCACGGUGGUAACCUGUACUCCGCGAGCAUGCACGCCUCGCACAGCUAUGACGGCCGGGAUUUUCACUUCAACGACCGUCAGCACGGCCGUCAGCAGGGCCGUCAGCAGGACGGCCAGCAGGGAAGGUCAAACGCGAGGGAGGGCUUGCAUGGGAAGGCGAAUGUCUUGAACGGCAUGCAGGCUGGGUUUGGGAGCAUGCACCAAGCGGGUGGGAGUGUGUAUCAGGGCGAUGGGAGCGUGCACAAAGCGGGAGGAAGUGUGCAUCAAACGGACGGGAACGUGCAUCAGGCCGAUGGGAGCGUGCACAAAGGGGUUGGGAGUGUGCAUCAAACGGAUGGGAGCAUGCACAAAGCAGAAGGGAGCGUGCAGCAGGCUGAUGGGAGUGUGCACUGCGUGGGCGUGGGCGCUAGCGCUAGUGUCCUCGCCAAGCUGCGGCUGGAAGGCGGGGAUCGGUUGAAUGCGGUGCCUGGGAGUUCGGAGGCCGCUGUGCGUGGUGGUGGACUUUUCGGGAGUGUCUUUGGCCCAGGGUUCGGCCCUGGGGCUGGCUUUUCCAGGGGAGAAUUUUCUGGGGCAGGCCUUUCAGGGACGGGCGUUUCUGGGAUUGGUUCUUGCGAGGCUAACGAGGGUUUUGGUCGAAGUGGGUGGGAGCGAGGGCUUGGCGCUGCUGCUGCUUCUGGUGCUGCUGGCGCUGCUGCUGGUGCUGCCGGUGCCAGUGGGUUUGAGAGCCUUUCGGAUCUGGAAAAGGCGUUCACGUCAAUCCAUGGGCAUGGGCAAGAGCAAGCACGUGACAUCAGCCAAAUCACAAACCCAGGCUUAGUAGCUGCGAAGAGCAGCGUGAAGGCAGAAGCACAUGUGACAAUUGGGGAGGACCUAGAUUCGGAAAGAAACGUGGGCAUGGGGAAAGGUACGGAAAUGAAAGGGGCGAAGGGUAUGGAAGGAAUGGAAGGAGCAGCGGACGCGUUAAAAGCUGACGCGAUAGCAGCAGACGCAGCAGACGCGGUAACAGCUGCGGCCGAGGACAUGGGGUUUGACGCCCUGGCGGAGUAUUUAAACUUCCCUGACGAUGACCUCCCCUGGUCCAGUCUUCAAGGCUGGGAUGAGCUGAUGCUGGGAGGCAGUGGAGGGGGGGACGCAGGGGGGGGAUUGAUGGGGGGCGGAGAGGCAGGCGCGGAAGGGGGAUGGAAUGGGGGCGGAGGCGGAAGCGGACCAGGAGGAGGAGCAGGAUUAGGAGCAGGAGCAGGCGUAGAUGCAAGGGGCGGAGCGGGGGGAGGGGCAGGGGCAGGUCUGGAAGGAGGCUCGGCUGCAGGUGCUGGAAUGCUUGCUGGUUCGGCUGGAGGAGGUACGGAUAUGGAGGGAACAGAGGAUGACGUCAUGUGCCGCGGGCACUUGGCACUGACUGCUGACGUGUGCGUGCGUGGUGGCAUGCUCAUGUCUCUACUGGCUGACGUCACAAGGCUUGGAGGUGGGGGCGGCGGAGGAGAGGGAGGGGAGGGGCAGGCAGGGGCAGGGGGGUUUGAUAGCUUGGAUGGGCUGGGGCACUUUGGAGGGGAAGCGGUUUCUGCUUCUGCAGACAGCAGCGGCGCUACAACCGGCAGUGCUGACGCGUCAGCUAGCGCUGGCGCUACAGCUAGUGCUGACGCAACUGCCAGUGGUGACGUGGACAGCGCUGACGUCAGCGCUGGGGAUGAUGACAGGGGCGAAAUGUACAUGGGGGGCGGAAUAAGGGCGCAGGACGGUGGGGCGUCAGGGAGUAACGACGUGUACAGUCACCAACACGGUCAGGGCUUCGCAGGCCGUAGGCACAACGACGGCCACAGCCAUAGCCACAGCCACAGUCCUAAUGAAACACGUGGCACCAGUCUGAAGCAUAUGGAGCAGGUACAGACAAUGCAGAAUGUAGCAGCAGCAGGGCUCGGGGUGGGGUUGGAGGAGGGAGGUCUAACGGACAUUGCGCCUUCCAGUGCGGAUUUACUGAGAGAGGGUUUCGGGUUUGAUGCUGCAGCGAUGGACUUAGAGUUGAUGGCGGCUUGGGGGAACGCUGCUGGAGUGAAGGUUCCAGGAGGUUUUGGUGCGGUGCAGAGCAGUGAAAGUGAUGUCAUGCGCAUGAAUGGUGGGCACCAGCAGGUGCAGCAGCAGCAGCAGUGGCAGCAGCAGCAGCUUCAUAUCAGUGGCAACGAGGUUUCUGUCUCUGCUGGCUAUCUAGCCCUUGACGAACUAGACCAGUCAGACCUCCUCUUGCUGCUUGAGCAACAGCAACAGCAACAGCAACAGCAACAGCAACAGCAACAGCAACAGCAACAGCAACAGCAGCAGCAGCAGCAGCAACAGCAACAGCAGCAGCAGCAACAGCAGCAGCAGCAGCAAGAGCAUCAGCAGCAGCAGCAACGACAGCAGCAGCAGCAGCAGGAGCAGCAACAGCAGCAGCAACAGCAGCAGCGACAGCAACAGCAACAGCAACAACAGCAUCAGCAUCAGCAGCAACAGGAAUCGGGUGUUGGGAAUGUUGGGGGGCAAAUGGGGGGACAGGUGGGAGGGCGGAUGGGAGGUCAGAUGGGGGUGCAGAUGGGAGGGGAAAUGGGAGGACAAAUGGGAGGGCAAAUGGGAGGACAAAUGGGAGGACAAAUGGGGAGACAGCUGGGAAGUCACAUGGUGGGGCAGAUGGGAGGGCAGAUGAGAUCCGCGCCGAAGCUUCCAUCCACUGUGCUCCUCCCUGCCUGUAUGCAAAGCAAGCCAGAAGCCACUGCCGCUGCCACUACCAAUACCAGCGCCGCUGCCGCUGCCACUGCCACUGUCCAUGCGAAUGCACCCUUUUCCCCAUCCUCCACCAACCAAUCACAAGCAGCCUCUCCGUCCUGCUUCUCCCCUGCCUCUGCUACCUCUGCUGCUGCUCGUGCUACAACCCAGGAACUCGGUGUAGCCACCCGUGCUGCCAAAUCCACCCCUUCUCAUUCCCCCCAAAGUUUCUACAACGGAGCAGUAUCAGUCCACGCUAACCGCGGCUACUGCUGCAUGGGAGGGAGAGGCUGCACCGGCGGCCCCUCCUGCCACCACAACCGCGUGCCUCCCGCUCUAUUUAUGAUGGCAGCUGCUGCCGCAGCAGGCACGGGAAUGAUACCCAUGGGUGCCGUGGGUGCUUACAGGCAGCAGCUGCAGCUGCAGGGGAGGCUGGUGAAGCGGGUAGAGCCUCCUGUGAAGAGGAAGCGGGGCAGGCAGAAGAAGGUCCCUUCGAAGAAUGGGCCGUGUGGGGCGACGACGAAUUUAAGAGCGCUGGUUCCGAGGUCUAUGUCUGGGGCAGGAGGAGCGGGAGGAGAGGGGGCAGGAGCAGGGGCAGGGGCAGGGGCAGCGGCAGGGGCAGGAGGGGUGGGAGGGGGGGGAGCAGCAGGUGUGGGGAUGCAAGCAGGGAAUGCUGGGGCGAUAGCAGCAGCGCGGGCAGCAUCAGGAGCAGCAGCAGCACCGAUGCAGAUCAUACAAACAUUUCCUCCCGGCCCGCCUGCCUUAUUCCCACACCAGUUGAUCCCAGCUCCUGCUCCUUCCCACCUGCCUUCCGCCGCAGCAGGUGUAACCCCAGGUGCUGCAACAGUGCCCAUGUUCUGGGGGCCUGUGGCAUGGAUACACCCCUCUGCUGCUGCCGCUGCUGCUGCUGCUGUUAAUGCUACUGGUGGCCCCUCACCUAUGCUUGUGUCUGGUGGUCAUGGCUUGCCAAUGCCUCUGCACAUGCAGCAGGCAGGGAUGGGAGGUAUGGGCGGGAUGGGGAUGGUCGGAGGGAUGGGUGGUGCUGACAUGGGGGUUGGAGGGAUGAUGGUACAGGCAGGGGGGCGGGGGCAUGAGGUAGCGGGAGUGGGUAGUGAUGGGAGGGUUCAUGGAGGCCUGAUUGGAAGUGGAAUGUCGCAGCCGGAUGGGACAACAUGA